AUGAACGAGAUUGAUCCUCUAAUUUUCUCAUAUUCCCAUUUAAGGGGGUUUCCUCGUGAGAAGGAUGCCUUGCAUACUCUGAAGAAAGUAGCUUCCUUGGUGAAGCCUCUUAUGAGAGCGAGGGAAUGGACGGUUGGCGAACUAGCCGAGUUCUACCCAGAUGAACACAACCUCCUCGGCUUAAAUGUAGAUAGUGGACGACAGGUUUGUCUUCGACUUCGAUAUGCCACCGAUCGCACCCAGUUUCUCCCUCUCGAACAAGUGGUUGAUACAAUGCUUCACGAGCUUGCACAUAAUGACCAUGGCCCGCAUAACUCCAAAUUCCAUGCGCUAUGGAACCAGCUACGGGAUGAGCACGAAGCGCUCCUGAUGAAAGGAUAUAGCGGCGAGGGGUUCUUAUCGGCAGGACAGCGACUCGGCGGAAGAAGGAUACCUCCAGAGGAAGCUCGUAGACUGGCUCGAGUAGCUGCUGAAAAUCGUCGUACUAUCAACGCUGGAUCGGGACAAAUACUGGGUGGGGUUGGCCCUCGACCAGGGCAGGAUAUUAGAAGAGUAAUUGUCGAUGCGAUCGAUCGUCGUAGUAAUACGCUCGAAGGCUGCGCGAACGACAACCAGACUCGAGAUGAUAUUCGGAGGAUCGCUGACACGGCUACUAGAAACGGUUUCAGGACGCAGGCUGAAGAAGAUGCGGCAAACGAGGCGGCGAUAGCUCAAGCAUUGUGGGAGUUUGUGGACAAGGAAGAAAGGGUCCAAAAAGGCGACAGUUACAUUCCACCUAGUUCUAGUAGACAAACUUGGACUUAUGGCGGUGCUUCCGAUGCACCAAGAGCUCCUCCUCGCGAAGCUAAUCGCAACGUGGACAGAGGAGCUUGGAGAGUUACGUGGACUUGUGAUAUUUGUACCCUUGAGAACCAAGCUAGUUUCUUGUGUUGCGAUGCGUGUGGUACCGAACGGGAUGAGAAGACUACCCAGGACCUCGCACAAAGAUUGUCGAAUCAACAACGAACGGUUAUUGACCUUACCGAGUCCUCGCCACCAAGAAAUCGGAAUACACAACCCUUUAGACCAGGUUCAGGUUCGAGUUCAAGACCGACCGCUAGACCGGCUGUGGUGUCGUCCCACUCUACGAUUCCUGCAAAAUCGGCGACCUGGACAUGCUUAUUCUGUGGGCGAGUUAGAGAGCGGCAGUGGUGGUCUUGCGACCGGUGUGGAACUAUCAAGCAAACAUCGUGA